AUGCCACCAGUGGUUGCUACGACUAAACCGAUGACAGCUAACACCUGUGGUCGUCAGGCCAUUACUCCAUCAUCUCAACGAAUUGUUGGUGGUGUCGAAGCCGUUGCUCAUUCUUGGCCAUGGAUUGUUUCGUUGCAAUCAGGCGAUCAUUUCUGUGGUGGUACACUGAUUGAUAAUCGUCACGUACUUACGGCUGCACAUUGCAUAGACUCAACAAAUUUUCGAGUCAUUGCUGGUUUACAUCAACGAACUAAUGUCAACGGACCGCGCUCACAAAACCUCCGAGUGUCACGCAUCUUCAUCCAUGAACAAUACAAUUCAAUAACUGAAGCCCACGAUAUUGCAUUGAUUCGUCUUGCACAACCGGCACAAUUCAAUGACUAUGUCAAUGCAAUUUGUUUACCUGGACCUGAUCCUCAGGAAUCUCAACGCGUCACAGUGGCUGGCUGGGGUCUUCUAUCAUCAGGUGGAAACAGCGCCAACUCACUCCGUCAGGUCUCUGUCAAUGUGAUGAAUAAUCAAGCACAAAAAGCUUAUGGAAAUGUAUUCGAUGUACGACGACAGAUCGGUGCCGGUAUUCCAAACAUCGGCGGAAAGGAUAGUUGUCAAGGUGAUAGUGGUGGUCCAUUAAUGUACAAUGCAAAUAAUCAAUGGUAUCUUUCCGGUGUGGUCAGUUUCGGAGAGGGUUGUGCUUCCGCAAGUCAUCCGGGUAUUUACACUCGUACUAGUGCCUAUCUCAAUUGGAUUCGAAGUAAAAUUAAUACUGCUUGA